UUAAAUAGUCCUGUGUUUGUUUGUCAGGGUUGAGUGCUUUGGUUUGAGCUGUGGCAGAGCUUUGGUUGAGCUCUGUUGGCUUGUUUUUGGAGUUGGUUGCGAGUGCUUGGUUUCUUUGUUGGUUUAUUGUAUUGUCUUUAGUUAUUACACAUUUGUUUAAACCUUAUUACUUUAGUUGUUAGCAGCCUACUUUAGUUUUGUCUUUGUCUUUGUUAAUUAUUUUGUUGUGCGCACAGGGUCAAUAAGGAUAGGUAAGAUACCCUGGGGUUUACAUAUUUCAUACACGUAGGUUUACCUGUUGUUAAUACCCUAGGUUAGAGUGAGCACCACCCACUGUACUUUUUGGGUGCAAAGCACCUGUCAAUGGGGGGGUGGGUUUUGUUAUGUUCUUUUCUUUGGUGCCACUGACAGUCCUUGUUGAUCCCUGUGUUGCCUUUUUUGUAAAUAAACACUUUAUAUUGAAUUCACCUUUAGUCUUGGAUUUUGUGUGACUGCACCCUCACUUGCCCAAACCUGUUGCCCUUAUGUUGCGUCCUACUCCGAGCCACCAGGGGGCGUAACAUAAAUUGGGGGCUCGUCCGGGAUCCUUGAUCCUUUUAAGCAACGGGUUUGAUGAGUGUUGGUGUGCAGUGCACACGUCAAGUAGGCUGGUAGUGUUGGUUAGGUUGGUAAAGUUUUGGCUUAAGGCUAUUUUGAGAAAAAAUUAGUGUGUUUAACCUUGAGGGUUUUCUUAGUGAUCCUUCUGUGGAUCAGAUUGAUCGCUGCAGAAAAAAAGAUUUGUAUGCCAUUGCGGCACAUUUUUAAUUUGAAGCAUCAGCAGGUCUGCUUAAAGCAGAAUUGAAAGAAGCUGUUGUACAGAUGUUAGUACACGAAAAAGUGUUUGGUACUGGCAGCGGUGCGACUGCUAGUGAGCCUACUAUUUCCCCAUCCUUGUCUUCUAGCUCAGAGAAGGAGAGCAGGGAGGAAGAAGUAGUUGAGAGAGGGCUGGUUGAGAGUGAGCCAGUUCCUGUAGAUACAGACGCUAAUGUGGAGUUUAAGCCUCCUCGUACUGUGCCCCGAUUCUCUCCGUUUUCCUUACCUAGGGUAAGUGAUGAUGCCCGCCAUAGGCUACGCAUAGCACGUUUGCAACUGGAGGCUCAGGAAAAAGAUAGAGAUGCCGAAUACAGUCACAAGUUGGCUAUUCGGAAGAUGGAGCUAGAGAUGGAGGCGGACACCGCCAACCGCAAAAUUGAAUUAGAGAUAGCUGCAGAAAAAGAGGUGAAGCUUAAGCGCCUAGAACUGGAAGCUGCUUCUCUGAGUUCAGCUCAAUCACCUGGUCAUAGGUCCAUACAUUCUGAUCCCUCUGCGCCUACGAGAGGUUUUGAGGUGAGCAGAAAUGUUGUUUUGGUACCUCAAUUUCGUGAGGCGGAAGUAGAUGCCUAUUUUACUGCGUUUGAGCGAGUUGCCACCUCACUGAAAUGGCCAAAAGAGGUCUGGUCGAUACUGCUUCAGUGUAAACUGACAGGUAAGGCCCAGGAAAUUUUAGCUGCACUUUCUCUAGAAGAGAGUUUAUGUUAUGAAAGUAUUAAGACAGCUGUGCUUCGUGCCUACGAACUAGUGCCUGAGGCCUAUAGACAGAAAUUUAGAACUUUUAAAAAAAUGUCUAAUAAAACCUUUGUUGAGUUCGCCCGUGAGAAGGAGAUUUUGUUUAAUCGAUGGUGCACGGCAAGCAACGCGAUAAAUUUUAACACUCUGUCACAAUUGGUUCUCAUUGAAGAGUUUAAGAAUAGUCUGCCUGAUCGUAUUGUGACGUAUCUCAAUGAGCAAAAGGUAGGGACAUUAGCGGAGGCUGCUGUGCUUGCCGAUGAGUUUGUUUUAUCGCACAAACAAACUUUUGUGAGUCCCCGAUAUGAGAGUAGGUCUUUUACUCCUUCUGCCUCGGCUAGAAUGCCGUCUAGUCCUCCACGUCCAUUGCCACUCCGCUCCACUGAGGAACGAGAGUGUUUCUAUUGUCACCAAACAGGUCACGUAAAGAAUGACUGUUUUAUGUUGAAACGCAAGCUGUCACAGCCAAGCAAACAACCAAAAGAGGUUUUGUUAGUGCGAACGUUGGUGGGUCCAGUGUCCCUAGCCCCGGAGAUGGAGGGUGACAAUCUGGAACCCUGUUAUAAACCGUUCAUGUUGGACGGGUUGGUUUCUCUCAGCGCAAAUGCGUUGAACCAGUGUCCAGUGCGUAUCCUUAGAGAUACUGGCGCAGCACAGUCUUUUAUCUUAUCGGAUGUGUUACCUUUUAGUAAUGACUCUUUAAGUGGCUCUAGUGUGCUUGUGCAAGGCAUUGAAAUGGGGUUUGUGUCUGUGCCUCUCCAUGAGAUACAUUUAUCCUGUGACUUAGCAAAUGGAGUGUUUAAAGUGGGUGUGCGCCCAUCUUUGCCUGUUAGAGGCGUCACAUUUCUACUAGGGAAUGACAUCGCUGGUGGCAAAGUGAUGCCAGUUUUAGAAGUUCUAGAACGACCUGAGAUUUUGCAGCCUGAUGUGUUGGCUCAGGACUUCCCUGAAGUGUUCCCUGUGUAUGUGGUCACUCGUGCUCAAGCACGUAGUUUGGGUGAAGCAGUUGUUUUGUCGGAUACUCUGUUCGCAACUGAGUUGACCGGCCAGACUGUUUCUCCACCUGUGUUUCCUCAGUCUACUGCUGAGCCGAGUGUCCAGCCUAAGGUUCAAUGUGAUACUUCCACCAAAGAGACAACUAGGUUGCCUAUGAUUAGAAGUAAUCUGAUUGCUGCUCAGAAAGAGGACGUGACUUUGGUGAAGUGUUUUGAUGCGGCUCUUGCUCCAGAGAGCGCUAAAAAUAAAGAAAGUGAUCAUUUUGUUGAAAAUGAUCUCUUGAUGCGGGGAUGGAAUUCUCGCGCUGAGUUUAAUAAUGACUGGACUAAUGUCUUUCAAAUUGUUGUGCCUACACCGUACCGACAGUCCGUUCUAUCUCUGGCUCAUGAACAUCUCUGGUCUGGUCAUCUAGGUAUUACAAAAACCUAUGACCGAGUGUUGCGACAGUUCUUCUGGCCAGGUUUGAAGCGAGAUGUGUCGUUGUUUUGCCGUACAUGCCAUGUAUGUCAGGUCACGGGGAAGCCUAAUCAGGUUAUAAAGCCUGCGCCUCUUCACCCGGUCCCAGCUAUAGGGGAACCGUUUGAGCAUGUACUUGUGGAUUGUGUUGGCCCUCUGCCAAAAACGAAAUCUGGUAACCAGUUCCUGUUGACCAUAAUGUGUGUAGCUACCCGGUACCCUGAGGCGAUCCCUCUUAGGAGCAUAACAGCUCAGUCAGUAGUAAAGGCCCUGAUCAAGUUCUUUUCUACUUUCGGGCUCCCUAAGAUCGUGCAAACCGAUCAAGGUACCAACUUCCUUUCGGGUUUUUUUGAACAGGUUUUAACAUCACUGUCUAUAUCACACAGAAUCUCGAGUGCUUAUCACCCGGAGUCACAGGGCGCGCUCGAAAGAUGGCAUCAGACGUUUAAGUCAGUGUUGCGGAAAUAUACCAUGGAGAGUGGUAGGGAAUGGGAUGAAGGAGUCCCUUUGGCUUUAUUUGCAGUUAGGGAAAUAGUGACUCCUGACUCGGUUGCAGGCUGUGAGCCCUACGGCAGUGAGUGA